AUGUCUUCUAACCAUCUAAGUAUACCCCAAAGUCCCACAACUGCAUCUACACCUGCAUCUACUGCUGCAUCUACACCUUUCAAUCCAAGAACCCAUAGACACAAACGAUCGCAAGCAAUACUGGGCGACUUUGAUGGGCUAGGACUAUUUAAUAUACCACCCCCUCCUCCAGUGUCAUCACCUGGUGGUCCAUCUGCAGUAGCAUCAGGAACAACAGCACAGUCAAUACCUACACAUUCAUCGUACUAUAGUCAUCGGUCAGCCUUGUCCAAUAGCAAUGUCUUUGGCAGUCCUGCAAUUAACAAUAAUACCAACAACAGCAAUAGUAACAGCAGAACCAUCUCAGCAUCAGCACCAAAGGAAAGAGUCGUGGGAUUCGCCGAUACACCUCGAACUAAAACAGAUGAAGAAUACGAAUUAGAUCGGUAUUUCCAUUUUAAUAAUAAAGACGAUUUUGCCAACCCAAUCGAUGGUGAGUUUGCAUUUCCUAAAAGUGAAUCUGACCAUAGCAACGAGGAUACAUUGCUCAACUAUAGUACAUCACCUACAUCUCAUGGAGUAACUUAUACUACGAACUUCAGAAAAAGCUUAAGCUCGCCAAUACAAUUAUCUAAUAAAUUAUCUCAUUCGUCAUUACGACAACAAGGUACUCCACAUUUACUGCAAUCGCCAAAGCAUCUUACGUAUCAACUGCUGCAACAACAACAACAACAACAACAACAACAACAACUGGAUGUACCCGAUGCCAUGAUUGAUUUGGAUUACAUCCUAACCGCAAACUUACAUAUUGGACUGCAUGUGCAUGACGACACCAUAUUCAGUACUGAUGAAUUCUUGGGUUCACCAGCAAUUGCUGAAGAAGAGGAUACAACAGUAGCAGAAGAUAGAACCAUAUUACCGUCACCAGCUUUGAAGAAUCAUGACGACAUUGAAGAACAAGAUUUGCAAGAACUACAAUUGGAUGAAGAAGCAGAUGCUGAACCUUUAGCACAACCUUCUAAUAAUUUCUAUUCCCUGACUAAUUCGUCUUCAUCCAGUUUUAAUUCGGUUCCACCAACGCAACCACAGCCAUCGUCAGCUUCUUCUUCAGUACCGGCACAACCGCCAACACCUUCGUUUUCAACGCCGACACGACAAAGAUCAGGAGCUAAAGCCCAUCGAUAUCAAAUAUUCUAUGAUCAAUCAAACCGUAUCUCAAAUGCCAUGAGAGGAUCGGCUGAAAGUAUCGAUCGAACAAAUACAAAUACCCCGCCGUUAUCGGCAUGGUCGGGUCUAGCUCCACAAUCUCCAGCAGCUACUGCAACAACUAGUGGUAUUGCGUCUCAAUCAGUACAAGCAACAACGAUAACAACGCCCAUCCAAUUGCAACAACAGCCCGCACUGUGCAAAACAAGAUAUCUUAAUCAUUAUUCAUCUUUACCUACUCUAAAGAGCAAACGAUCUUUUUCUUCAAUAAGAUAUAAUGAAUUGAAGAAAGUUUCGUCGCCCACUAGAGAAUAUUACCGAUUGCAGGCAUCAUUAUCGCCUUCAAAAUAUAAUGCCAAUGCACCUAAUACCACGUUACAUUUGGGAAAUAGCAUUAACAAUAGCAAUAAUAACAGCAAUAGUAGUAAUAGCAUCAACAACAGCAAUAGUAAUAAUAGCAUCAACAACAGCAAUAGUAAUAAUAGCAUCAACAACAACAAUACUAGUGCCCCCCUCGACUUAGCAUCCACAUUGCAUCCACCUGUACCACAAUGCUCAACUCCAUCUACAUUAGCGACCCAGUCAACUGCAGAAUCCGUGUCAACUGCAAUAAGCAACAAACGAGGAGACCCUUCAACCAGUCCCAUUAGCGUCAAUUCGGAAAUAUCGUCAAUGGCCAUCAAUGAAGGCAAACCAAUAACAUCUCAGAAUGCCGAAGUGGUGGAACCCGACGUUAAGCCGGCAAUUGUCAUAACCACAAAGGAUUUGGAACCGUCACUGUCUAUGCCAGAUUCGGCAUCAACAAUCUCACCCCAUUUGUUUCCCAUUCCUCAACUGGGGCAUAGUAAUGAUAAUCUGAUUCUGCUUCAGAGUGAAUCUACAAUACUGAACAAACUGUCACCACGUAUCGCCACCGCAACUGCAACUGCAUCCGCCGCAGAUUUAGAUACGACCUCGUUGGGGCAAGUAGAAGAGACAGCUUCGAAUAAGCAGUUGAACAAAAAUCAUCCUCAUAUUGUUUUAGCUCCACCACCACCAUCCGAUGUACCCACUGUUCAAUCGCUGCCCAUAUCAUCAUCAUCGUCUCCGACAUCGCUGACAUUCAAACAGUCGGGCUCAUCAUCACCAGCAAGAAAACUGGAUCAAUCAGGUAAAUUCAGUACCACCGCUAACAAGACUUAUACUCGUCGACCUUUUUCGCUAGCAGAAUCAAAUUCCAUUAAACAAACCCAAAUUCCUAAACCGAAAACUAACUUGGAUGCACCAAUGAGCAAAUACGACUAUCACAUGUACCCGCACUGCAAAGGCGAGUUGAACAAGCCGGUGAAACAUGGUGAUGGUAGUGAUCGUGUAUCAGAUUUAUCCAAUGCAUCGUCGUCGUUUUCAUCUACUGGAGAAGGAGGCGCGGGAGUUGCAUUGUCGAUAAGUUUAACAAAUGAGACGAAAUUAAAAAGAGGACACGGUUCAGCUACUGCUGGCGGCACCACGGCUGCCACUAGAAGAAGAGGUCAUAUCAGAUCAAAGAGUAAUGUUGAAGAUUCAUUGUCGCUGGCCGGGAUGAAACGCAGCUCAAGGUUUUUUGACUGGUUAAGAAAAAAAUAA